AAGGAAGUGCUGUGAGCGAAUGGAAAUGUAUUGUCGAGGAUGAGAUAAAAGUGGACGGGGAAAGAAGAAAAAGCGGGGUUGGAGAUGUUUUAGACGUGCAAAAUAAAUCAUUUUGUCUCCUUUCUGGGCUGUGCAAGCCUUGGGGCGCGCGGGGAGGGGGUGGUGCUGCUACUGCUGCUGCUGUUGUGAGGCGUUUUCGGAGAACCCGUUAAUUUAAAAUUUAUAAACACAUCCCGGGAGUCAGCAAACGGAGCAGACAUGUUUGAAAACCUCUUUGGACGCUUUUUCUUUUCCGGGCAUAGUUUGUUUGUGGUAAAAUGGGAUGAAUUUUGAGCACCCCUCACCCUUUCCCCAUGCUUUCCUGUAAUAAACAGUACCUAUCAUGUGGUGGUGCCCUGUAAAUUCAGAUUGACAUUCUUGGUGUUUUAGUGAGGGGUGUCGGAUCUGGCAAAGGAGUUCAGUAUGGAUGGGAUGGAAUCGAGCAAUGAGGACAAUUGUUCCAGUGCCACAGCUAUGAAUGUUGACUCUGCUGAAACAAGUUGUUUGGCAGAAGAAGAUGAAGGUGAUCCGUCUGAAUCUCAUGGCUGUUCAAAGCAAGGAGGAGCAUUGGAGCCAGUCUUGAAAGACCAACAUAAGGACAAGUGCAGCCUGGAGCAGAAGCUGUGCGUAUUUUGUAACUGUGGAGAGCAGAGUUUACAUGGACAAAGAGAACUGAAACAAUUUGAUCCAUCAGUUGUGUUGGCCGAACUUGGAAACGGAGGGACUAACAGAACUGAGAGGGAAUCGUUGCGGCAUGAGAGUGUUUUGGGGGUGGAGGUGCUCUCGGAUGAGCUCGCACGAGUGGGCUUUGAGCAAAAUGCAACAACAGUGGCUCUCUUUGAGUCAACAGGGCAUUUCUGGGCUCACCAUUGGUGUGCAGCCUGGUCUCAUGAUGUUGUGCAGGGUGAGGGGCAAGGACUAGUCAAUGUGGAUAAAGCUGUAAUCUCAGGUAUCUCGCAGAAAUGCGAAUAUUGUAAGCGGCUGGGUGCCACCAUCCGAUGCCAGAUGGAAGGAUGCUUACGCUCGUACCACUUUCCCUGUGCAGCAGCAUCUGGAUCCUUUCAGUCAAUGAAAACCCUGACGCUUCUCUGUCCAGACCAUACAGAUAAAGCAGUGCAAAUAGCAAAGGAUGAGGCCAAUUGUGGUGUGUGUGAUGCUCCAGGGGAUCUCCUGGACCUUCUCUUCUGUACCAGCUGUGGACUGCACUAUCAUGGUGCAUGCCUGGAAAUCGUAGUGACACCAGUUAAACGUGCUGGUUGGCAGUGUCCUGAGUGCAAAGUAUGCCAGACGUGCAGGCAGCCUGGUGCAGACACUAUGAUGCUUGUGUGUGACGCGUGUGACAAGGGCUAUCAUACGUUUUGCUUGAAACCAGCAAUGGAGUCGCUACCUACGGACAGCUGGAAAUGCAAGAACUGUCGUGUGUGCAGUGAUUGUGGUUCAAGAUCUGCAGGGAAACAUGCCAAUACGCAGUGGCAUCAGAACUACUCCGUUUGUGAGAAAUGUUACUGGCAAAGGAACAGGGACAGUGCUGUGUGUACGAUAUGUGGUAAAACAAAUGGACAAACAGAUGACACUUUAAACUGCCAUAUCUGCCAAAAGUGGAUCCAUACAGACUGUGGCCCUUCAUCUCUCAAUUUGCCAGGGCAACAGUACACAUGUGCAACGUGUAAGAACUCACUGCAACAUACAGGGCUUUCAUCUGCUGAGCCGGUUGAUGAAAGGCAAUUGAAACUUGAGCCAGCGGCAUCGGAGAAAAUGAAAGAUCUAAGUGAGUGGACUGAAAGGCAGCAAAAAGAUUUGAAACCAGAACAGCAAUUGACGAGUGAAUGUAGUGCUGAAGACUCUUUGCAUGAACACGAGGAUUCUAUCAACGCAGGUGGUAACGUGGAACUGGAAAAUCCAAAGCAACAAAUUUCUGGCGUUGACGCCGUGGAACGGGUAGAAUCUCCGUCUCUUGCUCCUUUGGAGGAAAAUGGAGUUGGAGUCUCGACUGCAGAGAAAGAAACUGAACAUGAACAUCUCACUGAGGGAUCCCAGUCUUCUCAUAACACAGAGAUUCAUAAGACCUGUGAAGGUGGGACAGAUGGACCGCCAUCUGAGAGCAUUAAAAGUUCACUGGAGUCUACAGAAACCGAAUUUACAGAACACUCUAGUUCAGAUAAGACAGAUCAACCAGAACAUUUCUUACAGACAAAGGAAAUAAAAAUGGAAAGCUUAGACCAGGCGGAGGAGACCUGCAUUCAAGCAGACACCGAUGCUCAUCCCAAUAGUUCCAUUCCGCAGGAGACAAAAGCCAAUCACCUUGCCACAGACCCUGACUUGAUGGAUUCUGUCAGUGCUUCUGCUGAAACACAGCAAGAUGGUGCUUCCUUUGUUAUCAAGCAGGAGACUGACAAAAUCCAUAAAGAUAAAACUGAACUCUGUGAUAUUCCUGCUGAUUCAACUUGUGGGUCUGUGGACAGAGGUGAUGUUUCUGACUUGGUCUCUGAUGGAAUGGAGACUAAGCGAGAGCCUGUUGAGAUGGACAAUAAUGAUGAAGUGACUCCUAUGGAGGUUGUACCUGCAGGUAAUAGGGUGAAGACUGAGCAAGAUACUCAGAUGGAAGUGCAGGAUGCUGUAAGCACAGACUCUGCCUGUAACAUGCUCAUUAAAUCUGAGAUUGUGGAGGAGAUGUCAAAUCAAAGUCAAACUGACUCAAAUAGCACCUGCUUGGAACCAGAUUUUUCAAAUACUUUGGACCGUGAUGCUGGUUUGGUUUCAAUGGACGUUUGUAUGACGGCAACAGAUGAUAUUUCUCCAAGGCUGGACGAUGAGGCUGAAAAAUCAAAUUCAGACUUGCGGCUAACAGAAACCGAGGAUUCCUUGCCAGCUGACCCUGGUAUGAUGAAAGGUGAAUCUGGCAAGCCUGCAGUUAUGAAGCGACGUUUCUCACCAGGUCGACCUCGGGUCAAACAGGGUCGUUGUAACAGUUUUCCAGGUAAAAAGCGACCACGUGGGGGACACGUGGGAAGGGGACGAGGGCGAUCACGUUUGAAGUCUGUAUCUGGAAUCUUGGAGUCUCUGGGGUCUACAGGAGUAGAUACAUCUCCAAGUAAAGAUGAUGACGAUGACGAUGAUACAAUGCACAACACAGUGGUCCUCUUCUCUACUGAAGACAAAUUCAUUCUCCUGCAGGAUAUGUGUGUGGUAUGUGGGAGCUUUGGACGGGGAAUAGAAGGACAACUGUUGGCCUGUUCACAGUGUGGGCAGUGCUAUCAUCCGUACUGCGUCAAUAGCAAGAUCACAAAAGUCAUGUUGAGCAAAGGAUGGCGUUGCUUGGAAUGUAUUGUGUGUGAAGCAUGUGGCAAAGCAUCUGAUCCUGCUCGUUUAUUGUUGUGUGAUGAUUGCGAUAUAAGUUACCACACAUACUGCCUGGAUCCACCAUUGCAAACUGUACCAAAGGGUGGUUGGAAAUGCAAGUGGUGUGUUUGCUGUACACAAUGUGGUGCCACAACACCUGGUUUUCAUUGUGAAUGGCAGAAUAACUACACUCACUGUGCACCUUGUGGCAGCCUUGUUACUUGUCCAAGCUGCAAUGAAGACUAUGAAGAAGAGGACCUUCUCAUACAGUGUCACCAUUGUGAUAGGUGGGUCCAUGCAAUUUGUGAAAAUCUUUUCACUGAAGAGGAAGUGGAGCAAGCGGCAGACGAGGGCUUUGAUUGUACUGCAUGUGAGCCAUUUGUGGUCCGUCCGAUUGUUCGAAGUGAAUCCCCUGUGAUUACACCUAUCAUCAAAGUGAAGGAUCCAGACUUAAUAUAUUCGUUUGUAGAACCACGGUUUUAUAAUCAGGAUGGAGUAUGGCUGACGGAAUCAGGAAUGUCACAGUUCCGAAGUAUGGUACUCUCACCACCGCACAAGAAAGGACCAAAGCCAAAAUUAAAGAACAAACCUUCAAAUCCAUGUAGCGAACCAAUGUUGGUCAGUAUAGAUGGCUCAUCUAUAGAAAUAAAGAAAGAAGAAGGUGAUGGAGAGGAGGAAAAAGUUGCCAUGGAACCAGGAGAAUGUGACAUAAAACCUGAUGCACCUGUCUGCCAGGAACAUGACAUGUGUGCAGUAAACAAUCCCGGAAAAAUAAGUGAGGAAUCUGAAGAAGGGAAAAAGAGGAAGAGGAAGCCAUACCGACCUGGAAUUGGUGGAUUUAUGGUCCGUCAGAGGCAGUCACGGAUGAAGAAUUUGAAUAAAAUGUCUGUGACACAGCCUGGAAUGUCCAUUGACUGUCCAAAUAUUGACAGCAACAAAGAAGAAGGGACUCAGAUGGAACUUCCACCCGAGAGCGCCAGUGAUAUACCUAUGGCAGGACCAGAUGUAGGUGAGAAAGCAAAGAAACGGCAGCGCCGAAAGAAAAGCAAGUUGGAGGAUUCCUUUCCAGCAUAUCUGCAGGAAGCGUUCUUUGGAAAGUCACUGCUGGACAGCAGUCGGAAAGUUUGCCUCAGCUCAGAGGGUUUCUCUGACAGUGAAAGCACUGAAUUUCCACAAGGCACCUCUCAAUCGGAGCCAGCACCUCAGCAGAAGGACCCAACAGAUGAAAAACGUGAUGGAGUCCUGGAGAGGGUUCCUGAUGCAAAGACAAUCCAAGGCCCCAUCGAACAUAAUGGAGAUCCAAUUCCAGAUGACCCACCUAAACCUGAAGAAACUCAGCCAGAUGGAAUAGGUUUCGAUCUCAGUCCUUUCCACGCAGACAGCUCCCUCUCUCCCUUUGCUGGGAUUGACGUCUCAUCCAUUACGGAUGAGCUUUCAUCCAGUCAUCCUGAUGAGAGCUCAAAGCGAAACCAAGCUUUUAAUGAUGCUCCAGUGGAGGGUGCCCUCAGCUCUGAUCUUGACAAGAUUGUAACCGAGGAACUGGCACAAAUGGAGAGUAAAGAUGUACAGCAGCUCUUCACUGAUGUUCUGGGAUCACAGGGAAAUCAUCCACUUCCAGAAUCAACGCUGAGUAGUGUCAAAACAGUUUCUGAAAGUCAUCUUCUCACUUCUCAUGGGUUAGGCGAACUCAUCAGACCUUCAUUAAGCCAGCAGUCUCUUCUUUCUGGAGGGGCAGUGGCUGUUGGGCAACUUGCUCUUGGUGGUUCUCUGGCGCAGGCUUCAUGUGCAACAGGAGAGUCUUUUCCCAAUGUCUGUCGGUCACCAUUUCUUGAAAGCAGGGAAAGGAGUAUUCCUUUCAGCCCAGACAGUGGAGAGCAACAGAGCCCGUGGACAACUCCUGCUACCCCAGCUACCCCAACCACUCCGACCACACCCACCACUCCCACGGAGGGAGAAGGCGAUGGACUUUCGUAUAACCAGCGAAGUAUAUUGAGAUGGGAAAAAGAUGAGGCUUUGGGAGAAUUAUCAACCAUAUCACCCGUUCUCUACGCAAAUAUCAAUUUCCCUAACUUGAGACAGGAUUACCCAGAUUGGGCAAGUCGUUGUAAACAGAUCACUAAGAUUUGGAGGAAGGUACCAGCAGCUGAUAAAGCACCAUUUCUGCAAAAGGCCAAAGACAACAGGGCAGCUCAGCGCAUCAACAAAGCACAAAAGCAGGUUGACAUGCAAGGUAACAAGCAGCCGAAAAUUGAGAGACAAGAUUCAAAGCAGGAUCGUAAACCACCCCGUCAUCCGCAUGGCCUGACUCCGAGUCCUACAGUCACCAGUCUCACUCCAGCAACAUUAGUUGUGGGGAAUUCUGGUUCUCCAGCAGAAAUGAGGAUUGAAGGUUUAGGCCAGAAUGCUUCAUUACAUGGUAAUAAAUCAUUUGCUACCUCGACUAAUGAAUUUGUCAAACUGCAGACAACCAGCCCAUCCCCAAAGGACUCCAGCAGUGACCUGUUCCCGAAUCUGCAUUUGCAAUCUCCGACUGGGGUUGUCGCCCAAGAUCCUUUUGGGCAUUCACUAUCAUCGUAUCCUCAGGAACCAAAUGUUCAGUCUUCCAGUAAUCCAAGUCAAGCUUCGGCAUGGAAUAGUUCUCAUCACCAAUCAAGUGUACCUCGCCCUGUUGUUCCAGGCCGACCACAGUUACUUGCCUCUUCAGAGCUACACUCUGCCGUGCCAGGGAUGUCUCAUCAUCAGCAUCCUCUCGCCCCAGACUCGUUCCUCCGAUCUAGAAUGCUUGGUGAAUCACAUGAUACCCAUACAAUUGAUCAGCCUUUAGGAAGUCCAGGCUUUCGAUCAUCGCAGUCGACAGACUGCUACACAAAGCCACUUGAAGCAUUAACGCUGGCAUCACCAACUAGUGACCAGUUAAGGCGACUUACCGAUACAGAAAUUGGAGCACAGCAUCCAAGAAAUGAACAGUUUGCCGGAGUUAUGAGACAAGAUUUAAGUUCAAAUUCCUUGGCAUCCCUUUACAGAGCUGCAAUGUUGGAUCCGAAUAUGAAUGUACGGUCACUUUCGGAUGGGAGAGAUAGAGAUAUCUUCAAAGCACCUUUAACUCCCAGAUCAUCAUAUGUGGACCAAACACCUACAGUACCUACUCAACGUUCUCAGGAACUACACCCUCAAUCUCAGGGUGUCUCGCCACAGAGCCAGACCGAUUUGUACCGCCAGUCCCCUUCCACCCCAUUUUCUGAUCCAUAUCAUCAAUCUUCAUUGCCACCAAGACCACCAUCCAGUGAGAGUUGCUCUCCAUUACCUCCAAAAUCACUUCCAGCUGAUUCUCUCUCCAGGGUACCAAUGAGUCCGCAGUCGCAAUGCAGUUCACCAUUGACACCCAGGCCGCAUUCCAAUGAGGGGUUUCCUCAAUCUCCCAUUGCUUCCAGAUUCCAAUCACCAGAUCCUUACUCAAGGCCACCUUCAAGAGAUCCUUACGCUCAGCUUCACAAACCACAGAGAUCCCAAAUGGUUGACACUGGAUUUAAAUCCUCACCAGUGCCAAGUAGUACCAUUCAGCAUUCAGCAAUGUUUUCUCAGCACAGUGACCCACAUCCAAAAGCAGCUUAUGUAAUGCAGCCCCAGUCUCCAAGGCCUCACACUUUUGAGCCAUGUGCCAAGACAUUUGCCAGCGGUCAACCACAAAAUCAAUUUCCUUUCACUUCUUCACCCGGAGAUAUGCUUAAAGAAUCCCAUUCUCAGCAGUCAGUAUCUCAAAUGCCUCGAACAAAUAAUUUUCCACCAAGUCAUCUAAUGGGAAAUCAGCUCAAUGUAACUGAUGCUCAUUGCUCUCAACUCAAUGCCAGUAAUCAGUCAGGACCUCAAGAUGCAGCAUCUGUUGCAAGAGAUGAAGCUUUCACCAAUAUGCCUUUAAGGCCAUCCUUGAUCAAGCAGGAUACGCUACCUUUACAGCAAGAUUGCUCAUACCAGACUUCUUCUAACACUCGAUCAGUGAGUAAUUCAUCUCCAUCAGAGAGAAGCAGCGAGAGUUCCACACAGGUCCACACUCCUGCGUCUCCCAGCAGAGAUUUGCAUGAUCUUCCAUUCAACCGGGGAGCACAAACAGGAAAUCUGAGUCAGACGGAGCUGGAGAAACAAAGACAGCGCCAGAGGUUACGUCAGCUUUUGAUACGUCAGCAAAUUCAACGGAAUAACUUGCGACAGGAGAAGGAACAGGCUGCUGCAUGUGGUAGCAGCACUGCUACAACAAAUUGGUCGCAAGAAAAUUCCAGUCAGCCUCACGAGCUGCAAACAAGAGCACCACCUCCAUACCCCCUCUCUCAGGAUCGGUCUGGUCUGCGAGGUCUGAUCCCUGGCUCUGGAAACGGCAGGUUAAUGAAUCCAGUGGUAAUAGAAAAACAGCAUUUAUUUCCUCAGGACGAGAGUCUGUGUCGGCCUCAACAACCAGGCAUUUCCCCUGCUGGUGAAGUGAACACUCCCAGGCAACCAGGGGUUGGUAACCCACAAGGAUUCCACCCGAGAGGCAAACCAGCUAGUCAACAGCAACAGUGGCAGCAGCAGUUAAUACAAAGGCUUCCUGGGCAGACCCGUUUCCAGCAACCUGAAUCUUUGCAUGUGAACAGGCCUGGAAUGACCAUGCAAAUGAACAGCACAGCUGGGCUUAACCCAAGAAUUGCCACUCAAAUCACUUUUCAAAAUGCACAACAACAAAUUGUAGCUUCUCCAAUUCCGGUGAGUCCUCAGUAUAUAGAACUGAGGCACAAUUCCCAACGAUUACCCAUUGGUACCCAACUGGUACAGCGUGGUCCCCAGCCAAGACCACGCCUUCCAUUACCAAAUCAAGAAAUUGGUUCAUUUGUGCAUCAAAUGCAGGGAUGCAAGGUUAUAUCAAGAGGUGCAAGUACACCUUUGCCACAGUCACCAGUUGGGAUAGCACUCUUACCCCAGCAGAAUAUUUCUGCUCCAUUGCCAUCUUCACCUCAUUCGGUGGAAGUAUCAAGUGCCCAUCAGCACAUCCAGACAAAAGAUCCAUUGGCAACUACAGGACAGGGUGAAGCACAACAGACAUUUCAGUCUAGUUCAUCGACUACAACGUCCACUUCAAGUUGCAGCACUGAUGCCUUGAAGGAUAACACGGUACCUUUUCCACUUAACUCUGUCUCAUCCAUCUCCAGUGUAGUCAGACAGCACACCGAGUUAGAUCCUCGGAAGAUCUCUUGCGAUGAUUCAGUUGUAAAAGCUUUGGAUGAAGAACUUGAUUCACCAAAAGAGCUAGAUGAAGAAGAUGACCUUGCCAAUUUGAGUCUUGACCCAGACAGUAAGACAGACGAUGAGCUUGGUAACCUCGAUAACCUAGAAACCAAUGAUCCCCACCUCGACGACCUUCUGAAAUGCGAGGAAUUUGAUCUAUUAGCUUAUACUGACCCCGAGCUAGACACUGGUGACAAAAAGGACAUAUUUACAGAACAACUGCGUUUAGUAGAAUCUGCAAAUGAGAAAGCAGAAGAAAAUCAGGAUAUUCUAGCUGAUCAGGAUGCUGUUGGCCCAGCUGGUGAAUGUACAACAGAUAAUAUCAGCCGCUCUGAUACAGAAAAGACUACGAAGGAAGAAGAGAAUGAAAAAGCAAAAGCUAAAUCUGAUAUUGCAGAUACUCUAUCCACUUCUGAUAGGAUUACCUGUGAGUCGGUGAAUAAUGUCAACUCGGAAACGAUCACUAACAGUCAAUGCAGUGAUCCAGCCACUAGGGCCCCGUCUACUGAUAAUUCUCCAAAGCCAACUCUUGGCUUAGUAUUGAAGGUUGAAGAGAAUGUUUCCCAAAAUUCAGCUUGCCAGUUUGUUGCAAAUACUUCUGCGGCUCAGACGGUUCUGAUAAAAGCGGAAAGCCCACCGAAGGGGGAUGAUGAGAGAGGAGCCGUGUCAAUGCUACUCAAUCUGGGUACUGGACUUAAUGUCAACACAAGUGUAGCACUGUGUCAGAGUUCUACGUGUACCACCAGUGGAACACAGACAUCUACUCAAAGUGGUACGGUUGUUUCAGGUAGCCAUGGGACUCCGCGGAUGCCUAACAAUGAGCAUUCGAAUGUGGAUUUAGAAAGUGUUCCGUGCACAUCUUCAACACAGAUCAUUUCCAAGUUGCCACUGGUCGUCCAGUCUCGGCCAUCAUUGACUAAAUUUGGACUUGAUGAAAUGUGUCAACAUGUGCCCAGUAUGGAACCGAAACGGCGGUCUGUGGAUGACCUUGUCAAAGUGGAGAGCUCUUUGGAGGCAAGUGAACUUCCACUGCUUCUCCAUGAUUUACUCGAACAAGAGAAAAUGGAACUGCAGCAGCAGCAACAGCAGCAGCAGUUGGGAGGAUCACAGUGUAUAUCUGCUCAACAGCAGCAGCAGCAGCAGCAUUCAGGACCAAAGGCCCACCUUCCAGUUCUGCAUCAGCAGCAACAGCUCGAGGUUUCACAUCAACCGACUCAUCCAGGGCUCUCCCAACAUCUUCCAACAACACAGCAGUCGCAGCAUCUUGAGGGGCCACCUCAGAAUUUAAACCUGCCACAGCCACAUAUCCUAGGGGUGAUACAGCAUCAUCAGUUGGGGAUCCCAAGAUCCCUUGCAUCUUCACAGCAGCAACAAUUGACAGCAUCGCAGCAACGCCUUGGAGCCUCACCACAUGUAGCCAUGUCCCAACAGCAGCAGCAGCAGCAGCAGCACGUGGCAACAGGGCAACAUCCAACUCAGCAGAUAGUGGCCUCACAGCAGAGUCAACAUUUGACCUCGCCGCAGUUAUUGCCAACUCAGCAGUUGGCUGUAUCGCAAAUAGGCAUCAUGCAGCAGACGCAGCAAGUUGUGAUGCAACAGCAACAGUUGGCCAAUGCUUUCUUCCCAGAUACAGAUUUGGAUAAAUUUGCAGCCGAUGAUAUCAUGGAUCCCAUUGCCAAAGCAAAGAUGGUGGCAUUGAAGGGAAUUAAAAAGGUUAUGGCCCAAGGAAACAUCACUGUAGCACCAGGGAUGAAUAGGCAGCAAGUUUCAUUAUUAGCGCAGAGGUUGGCUGGAGCUCCAGGAGCAAAUGAGGCCCAGACUAAAUUGCCACCUGGAAACAGUCAGGAAACUAAUAGUGAACAGGUGCAGACUCGGCCAAAUCCACCAACCUUUGUCCAGGGGUUCGUAAAUGAGGCAGAGCACCGGCAGUAUGAAGAAUGGCUGCUGCACACUCAACAGCUGCUUCAGAUGCAGCUGAAAUUUUUAGAAGAGCAGAUUGGUGUCCACAGAAAGUCGAGAAAAGCAUUAUGUGCCAAACAACGGACGGCCAAGAAAGCGGGACGCGAGUUCCCCGAGGCAGAUGCAGAGAAACUGAAACGGGUUACAGAGCAACAAAGUAAAAUCCAGAAACAACUUGAUCAGGUCCGCAAACAGCAAAAGGAACAUACAAAUCUUAUGACCGAAUAUCGGAAUAAACAGCAGCAGAAAUGCUCCUUAUCUCCCUCGGGGGUGAUCGGGACAGCCACAUCCCAGAAUCCUCGCGUAAUGCCGAAACUUGCAACACCCAUGUUAUCGGCAGCACUAGCCCAGCAAGGAGGAUCACUCCUUGGACCCCAAGCAUUACCGCAACAACCAAAUACACUAAUAGGACACACGGGAAACAUACGACUGCCACUUCAACAAGGACCAACUUUCUUAACCUCAGCUGUGACCCAACAGCAAGAAUAUUCUUCCGCCUCAGCAACUGUUUCUUCUGCCACUCCAACUAGCUUUUUUCCUGGAAAUUCUGCUGCUCAGACACUUGCGAAUGAAAACAGACUCCUGCAAGAGAGACACCUUCAGCUGCAAAGAAUGCAGCUUGUUCAACAGCAAGGACUAGUUGGGCCAACUCAGCAACAAAGCAUCAUGGGGAAAUUACAACAACAAAAUAUCAUUGGACAGCUUCAACCGACGACUCAGCAAAAUAUUGUUGGUAACAAACCAAUAUUGGCCCAGCAGGCUCUCAUGGGCCAACAGCAACAAGGCUUCAUUGGACAACAGCAAGGGAUUAUUGUACAAUCACAACACCAGCCAGGUCAGCAGCAACUACCCCAGCCGCACAUCGGUCAGGGGCAACAGCAACCAGGAGCACCACACCAACAGAGUCUGGCACCUCAACAGCAACACCUACGGUUGAUGAGUCAGCAGCAUAUGUCUCCAAUUGGUCAGCAGCAAGGCCUCCUCCUACAUCAGCAAUCCCAUCAACAGGGACUUGCCAAUCAACCUAAACCUCCAAGGCCUCAGCAAGGUCUUAUGGCACAGCAGUUGGCACAUCAGCAAGGUCUUGCAGGUCAACAGCAAGCCCUUGCGUCUCAACAACAGCAACAGAAUCUAGUUUUACAGCAACAGACAUCCAAUGCUGUUUUGCAACAGCAAGGACUCAUAGGCCCUCAACAAGUGAAUGUUUCUCAGAGUCAACAGCUGGCAACAAUGACUCCAUUGCAACAACAUCACCUUCAAGCAGUUUCAGGACAGCUUCACCCACAAAGUGUUAUCAGGCAGAACAACAUCCUUCGGCUGUCCACCCCUUUGCAAGGUCAGCAGCAAAGUACAAUGGUCCAUCACGCCCGAAUGCAGGGUAUAAUGAGGCAGCAAUCGCAAGAUGUUUUGGGACAACACUUAGCAUCACAAGGUAUAAUUGGGCAGCAGACUCCAUUCCACGUCCUCAGGCACCAGCUGCCUGGUAUAAUGGGGCAGGGACAGCAACAACAUCAAUCCCAAGGCAUGAUCACACAGAACAUAAGGCAGCAGCAUCAGCCCCUCGUAUCAAUGGAACAAGGACUGCAAUCCCAGCCUCAGGGUGCAAUGACCCAGGGUCAGCAUCAUCAGACCCAGAGCACAAUUGGACAGGGACAGGAGCAUCUGCCCCUCACUGCAGUGGGAAUGGGCCAACAGGCACAGGCACAGGCACAACCACCGCCCCCCGAGCCUCAGGUAACGAUGGGGCAAGGAAUGGCACAGCAACCACCCCCAUCCCAGAACAUGAUUGGGCAACAACCACUGCCACCAUCCCAAUCCCAUGGGACUCUAGGUCAGCAAACACCAUCCCAACCACAGAGUACAAUCGGGCAGGGGAUGGGACAACCGCUCCAGUGCCAGGCCACCGUGAGGCAACAGCCCCCGACCCAGGGCAUCGGCGGGCAACAGCCCCAGACUCUGCGCAUGGGCAAUGUGGGACAACAGCCCCAACCGCUGGGUGCUGACGGACAACAACACCAGAACCAGGGCACCACGGGACAACACCCCCAGCCACUGGGUGCUGGCGGGCAGCAGGCCCAGGGCACGGUGGGACAACAGUCCCCAACCCAGGGCAUGGUGGGGCAGCAGCCCCCAACCCAGGCAACAGCGGGUCAACAGGCACAGGGUACCGCAGGACAACAGGCCCAGACCCAGGGCACAGUAGCACAACAGGCCCUGACCCAGGACACGGCGGCUCAACGUGCUCAAGGUACCGCUGGUCAACAAGCCCAGACCCAGGGCACCGCUGGUCAACAAGCCCAGACCCAGGACACAGCGGGUCAACAGGCCCACACCCGGGACAUUAGAGGUCAACGUGCCCUGGGCACAGCCGGACAACAGCCCCAGACCCAGGGCAUGGCUGGACAACAGCCCCAGACCCAGGGCAUGGCUGGACAACAGCCCCAGACCCAGGGCAUGGCUGAACAACAGGCUCAGGACAUAGCCGAACAACAGGCCCAGACCCAGGGAGCUGCAGGACAACAGACCCAGGGCAGAGCAGUUCAACAACCCCAAACGCAGGGCACUGAGGCUCCACAACCCCAGUCUCAGGGCACAGCGGGUCAACAGCCCCAGUCCAUGGGCACCAGCGGACUACAGCCCCAGUCCCAAGGCACUGCGACUCAACCACACCAGGUCCUGGGUCCCGGCAAACAACAGCCCCAAACCCUAGGCCCCCGCAUGCAACAGCCCCAGUCGAUGGGGACCACGACUCAACAGCACGAGACCCAAGGCACCGACAGACAACAGCCCCAGACCCAAGGCACCGACGGACAACAGCCCCAGUCACUGGGCACCGUGACUCAACAGCCCCCGACCCAAACCACUGACGGAGAACUCACAUCAUCGCAGGGCACCGGCGAACACGAGCCCCCGUCCCAGGCUACUGACGAACAACAGCCCUCGUCCCUGGACACAGCGACUCAACAGACACCGACCCAAGGCAAUAAUGGAGAACACUCCUCAUCGCAGGGCACCGAUGGGCAACAGCCCCCAUUGCGGGGCACCGGACAACAGGCCCAAACCCUGGGCACUGAUGGGCAACACCCCCAGACCCAGGGCACCAGUGGACAACAGCCCCAGAUACAAGGACAACAGUCCCCAUCCAUGGGCACCGGCAGACAGCAGCCUUUGGACAAUGACGGACAGCAGCCCACAUCACAGGGCACCAGUGGACAACAGGGUCAGGGCUCUGAUGGACAACAGCACCAGUCCCAGUCCCAGGGCACUGUGGGCCAACGGCCGCAGACCACUGACGGACAACAGCCCCAUACUCCGGGCACUGACGGACAACAGCCCCAGUCCCAGGGUGCCAUGAUACAACAUCCCCAGUUCCAGGGCACUGGGGGUCAGCAUCCGCAGACCCAGAGCCCCACAGUACAACAUUCCCAGUCCCUGGGCACCAUGGUACAACAUUCCCAGUCCCUGGGCGCCAUGGUACAGCAUCCCCAGUCUCUGGGCACCAUGGUACAACAUCCCCAGUCUCUGGGUACCAGUGGACAACAUUCCCAGUCUCUGGGCACGGGUGGACAACAUUCCCAGUCUCUGGGCGCCAUGGUACAACAUUCCCAGUCUCUGGGCGCCAUGGUACAACAUCCCCAGUCUCUGGGUACCAGUGGACAACAUCCCCAAACUCAGGGAGCCAUGGUGCAACAUCCGCAGAGCCAGGGAGCCAUGGUACAACAUUCCCAGUCCCUGGGUGCCAUGGUACAACAUUCCCAGGCACACAGCGCCAUGGUACAACAUCUCCAGACCCACGGAACCAUGGUACCCCAUCCCCAGACCCUGGGAGCCACAGGACAACAGCCUCAUCAGGGCCCUUUGGGGCACGGAGUAGUACAGCAGCAGUUAUCCCAGGGAGCUGUGGGAAUGGGUCAGCAGCCUCAGGGGCUCGGUCUGGCAGGAGUUGGACAACAGCAAACGCAAUCUCCUGGUAUAAUUGGAGUGGCACAACAGCAGCUCCAAAUUCAGAGUACAAUGGGGAUAGCACAACAGCAACCCCAUGGCGCAAUUGGGAUGGGACAAUCUCAAUCUCAAGCCCCAAUGGGGCAGGCAAAGCAACAGCAGCAGCAGCAGCAGCAGCAGCAGCCCCAAUGUUUGAUUGGGAUAAGGCAUGGGCAACAACAGCAACUACUCCAUGGCCUGAUGGGACAAUGGCAGUUGCAGACACAAGGUGUAGCCAGACAAGGACAACUACAGAACCUGUCUGGUCAAGAACAGCUAUCCCAGACUAUGGUGAACCAAGAGCAAGGACAGCAGCAACUGCGUUCACAGAGCAUAUUUGGGCAAAGUCAAGGACAGCUGCAACUGCAGAGCUUUAUGGCACAGAGGCAGUCUCCAGGUACAAUGGGGCAAGGACAGCGGUUUCAGAGUUUGGGUACAAUGAGUGGAGAGCAGCAAGAGCAACAACAAGAGCAGCCGCCUCCGGGUACACUGAGUCAGGGACUGCAACGAGCCCAAAUUGCAAUGGAGCAAGAUUCAUUGCUGCCUCCCCAAUGCGUAAUGGGACAGGACCGUAACCAGCCCCAGAUUCAGAAUAUGCCUAAGAACGCAGUAGGGCUGGGACAGUCUCCGGGUAUGAUGUAUCAGAAUCUACAAACACGAUCAGUGAUAUCAGUGCAACAAGCAAUGCAACAAGGUGUCGCAGGGCAGCAGAGAUCAAUGGCUCAUCAAAAUCAAUUAAUGAGACGUGUACACCCAUCUGUUACAAAUCUCCAACAGAAUAAUGGUCUCGGUUUGCAAGGAGUCGUGCGUGUAGCGACAUCUCAGCAGCACGGAACAGUGGGAGAUCCAAGGCAGGGAAUGCAAAGCAUCAUGACUCCACAGUCGUUUCAACAGCAGCAUCCAGGCCUACGUCCAGUCCAAGUGACCAGUCAACAGAUGGGUUUGGGUCCUCUUCGUCCAGGCAUGGUUUAUGUGCAGCAAAUUAAAGCUGAACAUGGAGGGAAACCUCAAGAGAUGGCCCAUCUAAUUCAAAACAAACAAGCAAGGCAGAACGCAGGGUCAACAAAUGAAUUGGUAUCUGCCCAAGCUCAUUGCAAUCGUUCACAAAUCCUCCAUCCUGAGGUAAAUAAAAACAAUUCGGGUGAUGUGUCACUACAAAAUGAAACUUUGGAAACAAUAGUACAGCCACAAUCAGAAGUACUCAAAAGCCACGAAUCUGAAGAAAGUACUCAUUGUAUGGCAAACCCUAUUGGGAUAAUACAUCAGAAGAUAUUGGAUUCUAAAUCUGAUGCAUCGGCAAUGAAGCCACAUGGCACUGGCGACAAAGCAAAUUCUGUCACUGAGUCACAAACUAGAAUUAAUAUGGAGACGCACGAGCAAAGCGAGUUGACUAAAGCUUGCACAUUCGACUUCCCAGUAUCCCCCCAAAAUCAAGUCACAAAGGAGGAAUACCCCGGACUGCGAGCAGAAUCGUCGCUGUUGAAUCAAACGAAUGGGCAAGAGGAAUGUGUGCACAAAGUGGUGGGAAGACAGGAUAGCUGUUCCAACUUACAGGAUGGUACUGUUAAAGGUGCCAACACAAGUGCAGGUCACUUAGUGAAACAGGAAAACAUUGAGGCAAUUCGCUGUGGGUAUUCUGAGGGAACCUUAAAACAUGAGUUAAAUACUGACUCCUUCAAUGCCUUGAAUGUAGGGGACCAGUCUUUCCUUGCCCCCAGAUCUGAAGCUGGACAACUGCUUCUGCAGAAACUGUUGCGCACAAAGAACUUGCAGCUUGUGGCACAGCGCUCUGGUGAUGGAACACACUUAGCUAUAAAAGGACACAUUGAAAGCAAAGCCGUGAUGAUAGAUCGGAAACUUCAAGGUGCAACUGGAAAUCCAGAGAUUAAGGAAUUUCAAGAAAUUAGCAAGAAAAACCUGGCUCCAAAAUCGAAAAGGACCCAAAAAGCAAAUGACAGAGGCACCAACUCACGAAAGAAGAGUAAAAAGGAAGAGGGAAUAAAAAGUACAGAUGCCCUCAUGAAGCAGUUGCAACAGCAACUGUCCCUCCUCCCUUUGAUGGAACCUACCGUCGAGGUGAAUUUUGGCCUCUUUCCUCCAUUUGGGAGCAGUCCCUUCAAUAGCAAGAACCAACUGAAAGGAUCAUUUGGGAAUGCAGUGCUGGAUAGUGUUCCUGAUUACUACUCGCAGCUUCUCUACAAGCAGAACAAUUUGAGUAACCCACCAACGCCACCCUCUUCGCUGCCUCCUACGCCGCCUCCCUCUGUUCAGCAGAAACUGGUUAAUGGUUUAGCCACUUCUGAGGAGCUCACUGAAAGACAGAAAGAACAUGAAGGACAAAAAGAUCUCAUGACGACAGAACUGAAAAAUAUGGACAUGUUGGCUUCCUUGCCCACACCACCACACAAUCAAAAUGAAGAUCUAAGUAGAGCGGAGUUGGAAGAGGACAGACAAACCCCUGACAGCAUUGUGCCGGCAUCCUCACCAGAAAGUGUUCUUGGGCAGGAAACAUCCCGGUUUCCCUUGCUGACUGAAGUGAAGGAAGAGUCCAUGGACCGUGCCCUAUCUCCUGUCAUUCCCAUCAUUCCAGGAGCUUGUAUCCCAGUAUUUCCUGACACAAAGCCAUUUGUAAAUACAGAACCAUUUGUCGAAAAUACUGAGAAGGACGCACCUUUCUCUGGUCCAUGGAAGAGUGAAAAAGGAAACCAGGUUGCAGUCACACUCACUGUCUCAGGAACUGUUGCCAAGGAUAUAAAUAGAAUGAUGACGGUUCUUGCUCAGUUGCUCCAAAUGAAGAUCCCGGGAUCCUACGAAGUUGCGGAUGUUCCAGACAGCUCACGGUCUUUCCUGCCAGGUGGGAAAAAAUCCACGUUGGAAGCCCCUGAUCAAGUAGGCUCCAAAGAAGAUUCAGUGGAUUUGGAGAAACUGGUGUUGGAAAAACAUAAUUGGUUCAAGCAGUAUGAUGUCACGUUACCAGGCUCUGCCCUUAAGAAACCAGGGGAAGAGAUGGCAACUGCCACACCGGAAACUUCCUCAGAAUGUCCAACCAAGGAAAGAAUUGUGGUGCAUCAUUAUAGCAAUAAUAUGUCUAUACUCGAUGUUCACCAGCUUCCCAUAAUACAGCCAGAGAGUUCUCCACCCUCAUCCCCAAGUAUAUCAUCACCUGGAACUCCAGCAGAGUCAAGCAAGCCUGAUCCAUCAAUUGAAUCACCAAAGAUCAAGCAUCCUCUCCCACUGGAUGAAAAGCAGUUUGAGGAACCUCAACCACUGAUGAAGAGAUGGCGAGGAAUCCGUUGGAAGCGUUUGGAAUUUAAACUCAUAUUUCAUAAAGGGAAAUUUAAACAUGUCUCACAACAUGAAAUUGAAGAACUCAUUCAGAAGCUGGGGACAUCAUUGAAACCAGACCCCAUGCCCAAGGACACUCGGCGGUGCUGCUUCUGUCAUGAAGAUGGUGAUGGAACAACAGAUGGGCCAGCAAGACUGUUGAAUCUGGAUUUGGAUUUGUGGGUCCAUCUAAACUGUGCGUUGUGGUCCUCUGAAGUUUAUGAGACUCAGGCAGGGGCACUGAUAAAUGUGGAAGUGGCUUUCCACAGGGGACUCACCACAAAGUGUGCUUUUUGUCAAAAGACCGGUGCCACUACGGGUUGCCAUCGGGUUCGGUGCCCAAACACCUACCAUUUUGCUUGUGCUAUCCGUGCCCGGUGUAUGUUUUUUAAGGACAAGACCAUGCUCUGCAGUCAACAUAAAUUGAAAGGAGCAAAUGAACAGGAAAUUCGUUGUUUUGCCGUUUACCGCCGCGUCUACAUUCAGAGGGAUGAGGUGAAGCAGAUCGCCAGCAUUGUGCAGCGUGGCAAACGCAGCCAUAUGUUCAGGGUUGGCGGCCUGAUUUUUCAUACCAUCGGUCAGUUGCUCCCCCAUCAGAUGCAGGAAUUCCACAGUGUAACCGCUCUUUAUCCAAUUGGAUUUGAAGCGACUCGAAUUUAUUGGAGUAUGCGAUACACCAACAGGCGUUGCUGCUACCACUGCACCAUCAAUGAUACGAAUGGAAAACCCGAGUUUGAUGUCCAGAUUAUUGAACAAGGACAUGAGGAUUUGAUUGUUACUGAUUGGACCCCACAAGGAGUUUGGAACAGAAUUCUUGAACCGAUUGUGAGGCUGCGUAAAGAAGCAGACAUGCUGAGACUUUUUCCUGAUUAUAUUAAAGGAGAGGAUAUGUUUGGUCUGACUAUCCACGCUGUCCUGAGGAUCGCAGAAUCGUUGCCAGGCGUAGAGAGUUGUCAGAACUACAUAUUCCGGUAUGGUCGGCACCCACUCAUGGAGCUCCCACUAGCUGUUAAUCCAACAGGCUGUGCCCGUUCUGAACCAAAGAUUAUGACUCACUACAAACGGCCACACACCUUGAACAGUACCAGCACAUCAAAAGCAUUUCAGAGUACAGUAACUGGAGAAAUUAACACUCCCUACAGCAAGCAGUUUGUCCACUCCAAAUCUUCUCAGUACCGCAGACUGAAAACUGAAUGGAAAAAUAACGUUUACCUGGCUCGAUCUCGAAUACAAGGUCUGGGUCUCUAUGCAGCCAAAGACCUUGAGAAGCACACAAUGGUGAUUGAAUAUAUUGGGACAAUCAUUCGCAAUGAGGUUGCAAAUCGCAGGGAGAAAUUAUAUGAGACUCAGAAUCGAGGUGUUUAUAUGUUUCGGAUUAAUAAUGAGCAUGUGAUUGAUGCUACUUUAACUGGAGGCCCAGCCAGAUAUAUCAAUCAUUCCUGUGCCCCCAACUGUGUGGCAGAGGUUGUGACCUUUGACAAGGAGGACAAAAUAAUCAUUAUCUCAAGCAGGCGAAUUCCAAAAGGUGAAGAGUUGACAUAUGACUAUAAGUUUGAUUUUGAAGAUGAUCAGCACAAGAUUCCAUGCCAUUGUGGAGCUCUCAACUGCAGAAAAUGGAUGAACUAAGGCAACCCGAGCAAGUUUAGCUGACUCAGAAUUCACAAUAAUUUCAGAUGGUUCACAACUCUAGUCAACAUCUGCUAUACUUGGAUAAAUCGUUCUGACAGAUCCUCCUUCAUGAAGAUGGGAAGAAUUCCCACUAGUUCACAAUGAAGUAUUUACUGCGAUCCAUGAUGGGAGUAUAUCUGUGGUUGGGAGUUCGUGUAGUGAUCAGAUGUGCAGAACCUUUUAACAACAUUUAGCAAACAAUGAGUUACUAAAACAAAUGGACUGAGCAGGUGUACAAAGAUACUAAGAUGCACAGCCAGUGACUGCGUUUUCUGCCAGGUCUAUGGGUUGCUUCUGAAUGUAAUCUCUGGAUUUUCUUUUGUCUAGUUCCUGCGAGAGAGAGAAAGAGAGAGAGAGAGAGAGAGUGAGAAUGAGAAUCUCUCAGCUGUGCAGCCCUUUUCUGAUGGGACUUAAUCUAUAGGAAAGAUUAUAUUUCUAAUGAAAUUCAGCCAAAGGAGGGAAGACUGGGAUUGAAAAGUCUAUAUCUUUCCUAACUCUGCUGGAAGUGGUCUCUGAUGUUAGACAGAGGUGUGGUACAUAUCAAAGUCAAAGGGAAUUGCAUUUUCAUCCAUUACGGUUUUUUUUAAAGAAUAUUUGAAUAUUGCAGGGUUGAUGUAAAAUAAACACUUUUGUGGGAGCGGAUUGAUUAUGAAACCAAGGCAGCAAUGUAAUGAACAGCACUCCUAAAAACACUAGAGUUUUAAAGAGAUAGUGUCCCUUGGGUGUGAUAAAUUGAACUGCAUUAGUAUGUUGGAUUUCGCAUACUAUUUGCCCUAAUUGUAUCCCAGGGAAUCAGUGUGGGAUAUUUUUAUUUUGUUUGUAAACAUUUCUGAUUACUACUUCAAAAUCUUUGAUUUUUGAAGUAACAUACCCAUUUUGUGUGUUAUUAUCACCAGAUUAUUUAUUUCAAAGGAAAUAAACUCAAUUUUUGACCAAUAUCUUGGGGGAAAAAAGUACCGAAGUAGCGUGAUAGAAACAGAGAAAUGUAAACAUCCAUCCAUGUUGGUCGCAGUGUGUACGAUCUAAGUGACCAUAUAAGAAAUGUUCAUCUUUUACACACGGUUAUUCAAAAAUAAAUGUGCAAAAGAGACUUUUUGAAAGACAAUCCACGUUGGUAAGGUCUCACUAGGACCAGUUUUAAUGGUUCUGUGUUGGGAAGUUACUGGAAGUGAAUUUCAUUAAUGGGGACACUUGGGCUGGCACAAUAAUAAUACUGUUACUGUUAAGGUCCACCUGUAACAGUCAGUUGAAAACAAAGGAUCAAAAUAAAUUGACCAGCUUUCAAUCCUUUUCCUCUUGACGAUCCCUUUUAAACUGUCGACCUGACAACGCAUAUUUUCAUGAUUGAUGAGAAUUUCUUCCAUCACACAAUUCAUAUUAUUUUAAAACUAGAAUAAUUCAGAGGGAUUUCAAGGAGGACAGUGGGGACGGAUCACAUCAAUUCUAAGUCCUCAGUUGCUGAGCAAAAUAUAGUGAAAAGGAAGGUGGCACAAAGAAGACUUGGUCCGAGGCCUCCUUGAUCCUGAUCAGUCAGUAUCAAACGGGCAAAUUGUUAAGGCAUUUGGUUCAACGCACAAACGGACUCUCUCUGAAAUCUCUUGCAGAGGAGACUUGCACUGAAGGAUUUCUUACCUACUUGAUUCCACAAGUCAUUUUACUGUAGUUUUGUUCCUGUAAUAUAUAUAUAAAAGUGUGAAUUUUAUUCGGAACAGUAGGAUAGGUCUGGAUGGGGGAGAUUUUUUUUAUUGGCGCGAUUCGUGAAAGCUGCUUCCCCCACUGCAUCUUCUCCACGCUGCAACUGUAAAAAUGUAAAUACAAACUUGUAGAAAUCUCCAAAGCAGAAACCACUGGAUCAGAUUCUCAUUCGUACAAAUGAACGGUUGGUAUUGGUGAUAUAAAAUAGCUGCUGGUUGGAUUGAAGCAGGGAAGACAUUAGCAUGCAAUGAGAAGAUUCUAGGUAAUGUAGAUCAUGUUAGAUAAAUUUAAGCUUACAGUGUUUUACUGUUUUUAUAAUAAAAGCUGAUUUCACCCCCUCUUCAACUGAUAGGGGCCGGGUGACUUUUAAUGGAAGAAUCUAAUUUAAAAAUGGGGCUCUUUCAUGUUAACUGAAGAUGUCCGCAGAGCCCGAAUGCAUUGUGAGAUCCUCCAUCCCUAAGCAGGGGAGGUUGCAGUCACAUCAUGUAUUUGUUGGAACGUGUUCAGUUAACACAUGAAAAUGUCCUGUUUGCAGUAAAGCCUUGUUCAUACUGUUUACACUCUGAGCUAGGUAUUUUGUGGUGCAUUUUAUCCUUGCAAUUGGGGCAAAAACAAAAGCAGAGAUUUGAGUAUUUUUUAAUGACAAAAUAAACUUCUAGAAUAUGAAAGGGUUUUUUUUGUUUGUGUUGUGUGCAUUCUGUACAGCAAAUGUUGUCACUGGUAAUGAAUUAAAAUUAUCCUUUUUUAUUGUAUGUGGCAUGUUUUUUUUGUACUGAACAUAAGUUGAAUUGUAUAUAAUUUAUGUCAAAAGAGCCAAGAUGUUUCUUGCUCUAUGUAUUAAAUCUCCUGCAGGAAUAAGCUUAUUCUGUACAUCCCUGGUACAUGUAGAGACCGUUAAUGAUCAUGUUGGCUAGAUUGUACAAACCUUUUUUAAAUACAAAAUGUAGCAUCUUUGCAUUACUGUAUGAUAAAUAGGGACAUUGUUCCUACAGAGGUGAAUUUACUGCAUUAAAAUUGUUUGAAAUAAAAA